GAGGCGGAGGAAGAGGCGAAGGAGGAGGAGGAGAGAGAACCCCGUGCAACGUUGGGACUUGGCAGCUCGCCUCCCCCUGCCCAAGGAUAUUUAAUUUGCCUCGGGAAUCGUUACUUCCAGAGGGGAACUCAGGAGGGAAGGCGCGCGCGUCUGGAGGGGCAACGCCAGGACCCCCGGCCGCCGCCUGCCUGCGCCGGACUCUGGCCCCGGCGGCGAGAGAUGCUUCUUCCCGGCCGCGGCGGCUGAGAGGAGACUUGGCUCUCGGGGUAUCCGGGCUGCACUCGCGCCGGACGCGCAACCUCCCCGCAGGGCAUGAAACGCCAGUAAACUCCGGUCGGGGCUAUCUCCUUGGCGCAGCUGCUGCGUCCUCCUCUACUGCCCCUCCCCGGCGCGGAGGGCGGCGUGGAUUUCGGAGUCAGGGUUUCUGCCGCCUCCAGCCCUGUUUGCAUGUGCGGGGCCGCGGCGAGGAGCCUCCGCCCCCCGCCCGGUUGUUUCUCGGCGCCUCCCUCCGCGCGGUGGCGGCGGCGGCAGCAUGGCGAGCCCUCCCGAGACGGACGGCUUCUCCGACGUGCGCAAGGUGGGCUACCUGCGCAAGCCCAAGAGCAUGCACAAGCGAUUCUUCGUGCUGCGGGCGGCCAGCGAGGCUGGGGGCCCGGCGCGCCUCGAGUACUACGAGAACGAGAAGAAGUGGCGGCACAAGUCGAGCGCCCCCAAACGCUCGAUCCCCCUCGAGAGCUGCUUCAACAUCAACAAGCGGGCCGACUCCAAGAACAAGCACCUGGUGGCCCUCUAUACCCGGGACGAGCACUUUGCCAUCGCGGCGGACAGCGAGGCCGAGCAGGACAGCUGGUACCAGGCCCUCCUGCAGCUGCACAACCGUGCCAAGGGCCACCACGACGGGGCCGCGGCCCCCGGGGCGGGAGGCGGCGGGGGCAGCUGCAGUGGCAGCUCCGGCCUUGGCGAGGCUGGGGAGGACUUGAGCUACGGGGACGUGCCCCCAGGACCCGCCUUCAAGGAAGUCUGGCAGGUGAUCCUGAAACCCAAGGGCCUGGGUCAGACAAAGAACCUGAUUGGCAUCUACCGCCUCUGCCUGACCAGCAAGACCAUCAGCUUCGUGAAGCUGAACUCGGAGGCUGCCGCGGUGGUGCUGCAGCUGAUGAACAUCAGGCGCUGUGGCCACUCAGAGAACUUCUUCUUCAUCGAAGUGGGCCGUUCCGCAGUGACGGGACCCGGGGAGUUCUGGAUGCAGGUGGAUGACUCUGUGGUGGCCCAGAACAUGCACGAGACAAUCCUGGAGGCCAUGCGGGCCAUGAGCGAUGAGUUCCGGCCUCGAAGCAAGAGCCAGUCCUCCUCCAACUGCUCCAACCCCAUCAGCGUCCCCCUGCGCAGGCACCACCUCAACAACCCUCCGCCCAGCCAGGUGGGGCUGACCCGCCGCUCGCGCACAGAGAGCAUCACUGCCACCUCCCCGGCCAGCUUGGUGGGCGGGAAGCAGGGCUCCUUCCGGGUCCGUGCCUCUAGUGAUGGCGAAGGCACCAUGUCUCGCCCUGCCUCUGUGGACGGCAGUCCUGUGAGUCCCAGCACCAACAGGACCCAUGCCCACCGGCAUCGAGGCAGUUCCCGGCUGCACCCGCCUCUCAACCACAGCCGCUCCAUCCCCAUGCCUUCUUCUCGCUGCUCGCCUUCCGCCACCAGCCCGGUCAGUCUGUCGUCCAGUAGCACCAGUGGCCACGGCUCCACCUCGGACUGUCUCUUCCCGCGGCGGUCUAGUGCUUCCGUGUCCGGUUCCCCCAGUGAUGGCGGUUUCAUCUCCUCUGAUGAGUAUGGCUCCAGUCCCUGCGAUUUCCGAAGUUCCUUCCGCAGCGUCACCCCGGAUUCCCUGGGCCACACCCCGCCGGCCCGCGGUGAGGAGGAGCUGAGCAACUACAUCUGCAUGGGAGGCAAGGGGGCCUCCACCCUCACGGCCCCCAAUGGUCACUACAUUUUGCCUCGGAGUGGCAACGGUCACCGCUACAUCCCGGCAGCUGGCUUGGGCACGAGCCCAGCCCUGACAGGGGAUGAAGCAGCCAGUGCUGCAGAUCUGGAUAAUCGGUUCCGAAAGCGGACUCACUCUGCUGGCACGUCGCCUACCAUUUCCCACCAGAAGACCCCAUCCCAGUCCUCUGUGGCCUCCAUUGAGGAAUAUACCGAGAUGAUGCCUGCCUACCCACCAGGAGGUGGCAGUGGAGGCCGAGUGCCCAGCUACCGGCACUCCGCUUUCGUGCCCACCCACUCCUACCCAGAGGAGGGUCUGGAAAUGCACCCCUUGGAGCGGCGUGUGGGCCACCACCGCCCAGACACCUCCAACCUCCACACCGAUGACGGCUACAUGCCCAUGUCCCCAGGGGUGGCCCCAGUGCCCGGGAGCCGAAAGGGCAGUGGGGACUACAUGCCCAUGAGCCCCAAGAGUGUGUCUGCCCCUCAGCAGAUCAUCAACCCCAUCAGACGCCAUCCCCAGAGAGUGGACCCCAAUGGCUACAUGAUGAUGUCCCCAAGCGGCAGCUGCUCUCCUGACAUUGGAGGUGGGCCCAGCAGCGGCGGCAGCAGCGGUGCCGCCCCUUCUGGGAGCACCUAUGGCAAGCUCUGGACGAAUGGGGUAGGGGGCCACCACUCUCACGCCCUGCCACACCCCAAACUCCCUGUGGAGAGCAGUAGCGGCAAGCUGUUGUCUUGUACGGGUGACUACAUGAACAUGUCGCCAGUGGGGGACUCCAACACCAGCAGCCCUUCCGACUGCUACUAUGGCCCUGAGGACCCCCAGCACAAGCCAGUCCUCUCCUACUACUCAUUGCCAAGGUCCUUUAAGCACACCCAGCGUCCGGGGGAGCUGGAGGAGGGCGCCCGGCACCAGCACCUCCGCCUUUCCUCCAGCUCGGGUCGACUCCUCUAUGCUGCGGCGGUGGAAGAUUCCUCCUCGUCCACCAGCAGCGACAGCCUGGGCGGGGGAUACUGCGCGGCUAGGCCCGAGCCCGGCCUGCCGCAUCUCCACCAUCAGGUCCUGCAGCCCCAUCUGCCUCGAAAGGUGGACACAGCUGCCCAGACCAACAGCCGCCUGGCUCGGCCCACGAGGCUGUCCCUGGGGGAUCCCAAGGCCAGCACCUUACCUCGGGCCCGAGAGCAGCCGCAGCCACAGCCGCAGCCGCCGCCGCCCCUGCUGCCCCCUCCGGAGCCCAAGAGCCCAGGGGAAUAUGUGAAUAUUGAAUUUGGGAGCGAUCAGCCGGGCUACUUAUCAGGCCCGGGGGCGUCCCACAGCUCGCCUUCUGUCCGGUGUCCAUCCCAGCUCCAGCCGGCUCCCAGAGAGGAGGAGACGGGCGCGGAAGAGUACAUGAACAUGGACCUGGGGCCGGGCCGGAGGGCCGCCUGGCGGGAGAGCGCUGGGGUCCAGCCGGGCAGCAUGGGCCCGGCGCCCCCUGGAGCUGCUAGCGUGUGCAGGCCCACCAGGGCAGUGCCCAGCAGCCGGGGUGACUACAUGACCAUGCAGAUGGGCUGUCCCCGGCAGAGCUACGUGGACACCUCGCCGGUCGCCCCCAUCAGCUAUGCGGACAUGCGGACCGGCGUCGUCGUGGAGGAGGCCAGCCUGCCUGGGGCCGCCGCGGCCACGCCCUCCUCGUCCUCGACGGCUUCUGCUUCCCCCGCUGCGCCUCAAGGAGCAGAGGAGCUGGCGGCCCGCUCUUCCCUGCUGGGGGGCCCGCAGGGACCCGGGGGCCCGAGUGCCUUCACGCGGGUGAACCUCAGUCCCAACCGCAACCAGAGUGCCAAAGUGAUCCGUGCCGACCCGCAAGGGUGCAGGAGGCGGCACAGCUCCGAGACCUUCUCCUCGACGCCCAGUGCCACCCGGGCAGGCAGCACGGUGCCCUUCGGAGGGGGGGCUGCAGCCGGGGGCGGCGGUGGUGGCAGCAGCAGCACGGAGGAUGUGAAACGCCACAGCUCUGCUUCCUUUGAGAACGUGUGGCUGCGGCCUGGGGAGCUCGGGGGAGCCCCCAAGGAGCUGGCCCAAGUGUGCGGGGCCGCCGGGGGUUUGGAGAAUGGGCUUAACUACAUAGACCUGGAUUUGGUCAAGGACUUCAAACAGAGCCCUCAAGAGCGCCCCGCUCAGCCGCAGCCUCCUCUUCCCCCGCCCCCUCAUCAGUCUCUGGGACGCAGCGAGAGCGGCUCCACCAGCCGCUCCAGCGAGGAUUUAAGCGCCUAUGCCAGCAUCAGUUUCCAGAAGCCGCCAGAGGACCUCCAGUAGCUCAACUGGACAUCACAACAGAAUGAAGACCUAAAUGACCUCAGCAAAUCCUCCUUUAACUCAUGGGUCCCCAGACUCUAAAUAUUUCAUGAUUCACAACCAGGACCUCACAUCUUCCUCCUCCGUAGAUGGUACGAUGCACCCGUUUCAGUUUGUUUACUUCACACAAUCCUCAGGAGUUUGUUGACUGAACUGCACGUUCUAUAUCGUGCCAAGAAAAAAGCACUGUGACACCAGAACAAUGCGUCUGCAUAAACUUCAUCUUCAACCUUAAGGACUUAGCUGGCCACAUGAGCUGAUGUGCCCCCCCCACCGUGCCACGAGAGAAUGGGUUUACGCUCAUUGCAUUUACAAGACACAUUUCAUCUGCUGCUGAAACCGUGUACGACAGAGCAUCAUUGUAAAUUAUUUCAUACGGAACUGUUUGCUUUGGGUGGAGAGAGUAUUAAAUAUUUAACAUAGGUUUUUGAUUUAUAAGUGUAAUUUUUUUAAUUAAAAUGUAACUUUUCUUACAGCACAUCUUUUUUUGGGAUGUGGAACUGAGGUAUACAAUGUUCUGUUGUAAAGAGUGGAGCAAAUGCUUAAAACAAGGCUAACAAGAGUAGAAUAGGGUACGAUCCUUGUUUUAAGAUUGUAAUUCAGAAAAGUAAUAUAAUAAGAAUCAUAGUGCCAUAGAUGGUUCUCAAUUGUAUAGUUCUAUUUGCUGAUACUAUCUCUUGUAAUAUAGCCCUGAUGUUGAGCUGAGAUCCUUACAAGAAUUGAUCUUAAUUUUGUAUUUUUUUUUCUGUAAGGCAAUAGGCCAUGUUAAUUAAACUGAAGGAGGAUAUAUUCUACUGGGUAUUUUCAAGUGUCAGCUUAAAAUUGGCAAUUGAAUGGAAGCAAAAUUACAAGAAAAGGCAAUCAGUGUCUUCCAUUGUAUAUACUGUAAAGAGGAGGCGACAUGGGUGAUCCCUUCGAAUCAAAAGCUCUCUUUGGAAUGAACAAUGUGGGUGUUUGUAAAUUCUGGAAAUUUCUUUCUAUUCAUAAUAAACUAGAGACUGUUGAUCUUUUCUUCUCCCCUCCCCCACUUCUGUAAGCUUCCUGUUCCAUUGCCACCAUUUUUUUUUUUCUGUUGCACACGUUAGGAUCUUUCAUUUCCUGCACUGUCUCUAGAAAGAUGUAAGACAAGUGAAUACUUGUCUUUCAUUUCUAACCAGAAAUUAAAAUUCCAGAACGUGUUUUUUUAUCAUGACCAGGGCUACAUGUCACUUUCCUUAAGACUCUUAUCUCAUGUUUUCUGGGAAUGUCCAGUGUUAUAUUAUUUAACUGAAUGUAAUUUGGUCCAUUUGCCCUGGUGGCUACUGGCCUAUGUGUGAUUAGUUAAUAAAACCCAGGGCACAGAGAGCACAUCAAAGCAUAAUGACCUGCUAUGGAAACGUCUAGCCAGCAGUGAAAAUGUUAAUCCUUUUCUUGUUUGGAAGGUACACACAUCUUGGAAUUUUUCCUUGUGAAAAAGAAAUGGCAAUGGACGUACUUCAAGAAAUUGCCUACAGAGUUUUGAAUCUUUGACCAGGAAACUUCCUAAAGGUUCAGUGAAAUUAAAGCUAGUAUCAGACUCGCCUGAAGUCCAUGUAAACUCUCUAUCAGGAAGUCCCAGCCCUGCUAUUGAGAGAAGCAACAUUUUCUUUCACUGAAGGGUUGAUCUCCCUGGGUGGGAGAGGGGCUGCCAGGAAGGGGCCAGGGUUGGGGGCCAUUGCAGUGGCUGCUCAUCAAUGGGUCAGGUACCCCCUGCUCUACUCAAAAGGGAGUGGAGAUCAAUGGAACCCCUCACCCUGCUGAGACCUGUGCUACUGUUAACGCAGCCGGACGGCAUGUACCUCGCAGACUCUUGUACAAUGUUCAUUGUUGCAGAUUCUAAUCGUUUGCAUGCUCUUCAGUUUCUAAGAUAAAUAGGUCUGUAGUCAUAAGAAUCCAUUGUUUUCAAGGAACUUACUGAAUGACAUCAUUUCCUAUUAGGAGAGAACACUACCGAUUUUAAAAAUUUGAUAUGGAAGUUUUUUUUUUCUCUCUUUAUAAAAAAGACUUUCUUAGUCAAACUUUCAUUUUUCAAGUAUUUUGACUCUUACUCUUGCUUGUGUAGGAAGGAGACAAGCUGUCCACUCUCUUCUGUUGAAGACAUAAAUAAUUAAAGAGAAAUCAAUGAACGAAGUCAGCCCCACCCAUUUUCCUGUAAAGGUAGUUAUUAUUUCCAAAGGAACCUAAACUUUGAUUAUGUAUUACCAAGAUACCUCUGCAUGUGGGGUUAUCAACAUAUUCUGGGUGAGAACGAGAAAUGAACCAGACUGGAAAAAGCCAUCUCUUGGUUUCUGUUUCACUGACGUUUUGUUGAGUCAAACAGUAUCAAGGUAGGCAUUCUUAUUUAAGCUGCUUCUAGUGGUCCCCGAGCUGGGUUUUCUGGUGGUAUCAAACUUCACCCAUUUAAAACUGGAAGUUGCUGGUAUUUAAGGCAAAAACUCUUGCUCUGUCUACAUGAGGGGUUGACCUUUAGCUGCUAAGUCCUUGUGUUCAGUUCCUAUUCAGGAGACUUGGCUUUUAUCCAUUUCAAAGUAUUUGUAGGCCAGCCAAAGGCUUACAUUAAUGGGACUUCUAGUGGCCUCUGGUUAACCUGUAAGUUAGUGGCUUUUCUUCAUGAGACCAACCUUUUACAGUGUUCUUUCUUAGAGACUUAGGCAGAGUUUUAAAAUUCUCCUUUGUGGAAAGAACAAAUAUGUUCCGUGACUUUGAUGAUAUCUUUAUUCUGAGCAAAAGAAAAUAAAAGUCCUAGAACCAGCUAAAAGUGAAGAGAAUCCAUUAAUGAUCAACCACCUGAGUCAAUAAUGACAAUUCAGUACUGAUGUUACAUUUGUGGCUGUUUCUUGCUAACUUUCAAAGGUCAGGGACUCUCUUGACUAAUCUACGUUGACUGCAAAAAUGGAUUUUCUAAAAAUCAUCUAGCCAGAAGUAGAGAUUUUUAACUUUUCUUUCGCUGACGCUUGCCUCCUAGCUGUCUUUUAAAUCUGAGACAUUUAAAGUAUUAAACAGCUUUACUAAACUAUAAGAAACAGUAUUUGACAAUACUGAGGCCCUGUUUUGUUCAGUCUUGCAUCCUGAGUGCAAUACACCGCGUACUUGAAAACUUUCAUUUUUACUCACUGCGGAUGGUUUCAAAAUGGGGGAGGGGAGCUCAUCAUCCACUGAUAACAGAGCCACGAAAAAUGAGAUUAAUGUGCAAUGUUCCAACUGCUUUGUCAGGGCUCUGUAGGUCAGUCCGUCACACAAGGAGGCACGGAAACCAGAAACAUUGCAGGAAUUAAGACCUUGACUGGGGAGAGACAGGACCCUCUGGAAGGCAUGGGAAGGAGAAUGGAUAGAGACCAGAUAGAAACUUGCUCCUUUGCAAGGACUUGACAGGGGAGUAAGUGUUCCUAGGACCUCAUGUAUGUUAGUUGCAGUAUGAAUGCUGCAUUUAUAUAGGCUGCUGAGAAAUUCGAAAGGAAGAAGCAUACACUUCUAGGGAUGUGAGGAAAUAUGACCUUGCCAGAUGUAAGAGAACGACCUCCACUCUGUGAGCUUGGUCAUGGAGGGCAAAUAGAGCCUUGUGGUCAGUAGACCAUCAAGGGGUUAAACACUUGGUGCCAUUGGUCAUUUCCAAAGCCAAGUCAGAGAAGAUCAUGAGGGUCCUUCUAUAGCUCUGUAAAUCAGUCUCCUAAGGAUGGAUAGAGAAGGUGUGGGUCAGAUGGCAUACUGGAUUCCUUCCCUACUUGUAACCAGAGCAUCAAAUUAGGUGCUGGGAAGUGGUGGAAUGAUGUUGGAGGUGUUUGACCCUACUCUUAAUGAAAUUUAUCAGUAAUCAAGAGCUUAGAAUUAGCUAAUACGAUUAGAAAAACAUAGGGCAUAGCUGGAGAGUUGUCUUCCUUUCCUAGUUCAUUGAUUAUGGCAUCUGCGAUGUAUACACCAAGAAGAGAUCUGGUAUUAUAGACUUUGGCUAUUCACCUGGCAUUUAAAUCUCUCUCUUUGUUUUUGUUGUUAAUUUCCCCAGUGUUAACCAAUAUGCCACAUGAUAGGACAAAUUCAGUAAACAGGAAAACUUGUCUGUAUUUGUAUAGACAUCUUUAGUGCUUUUUUAUUUUUUUUCUUUUUAGAACUUUGUUAUUGGCUUAAGAAUGUAGUUCCCGGAACCAUUUUUCUUACAAAGUUCUUUCCUUACACGUCUUGGCUACAGGGUGGGCCAAAUUAAAUACAUAUAUAUUUUUUCAUUUAAUGUAUGUGCAGUUUGGUUUAUCAUCUUAAGAUGGUGGUGCUGCUCAUGGUGCUACUUCAUCUGUGUUCAAAAGGACCAAUGCAUGGUCUGUAUUGCUACCAAAACAUUUAUUGUAUAUAUGUGUAUAACAUAUGUAUUAUGUAUAUAUGUAAUGGAUACCAGGCCAGGUAUAUAUUUUUAUUUAGAUUCACUUUUUCCAAGUUUUCUUUAUAGUGUUAUGCUUAUUUUCAGUUUUUCCCCCCCCCCUCCCGAUUCUGUCUGGUACUUAGAACUGUAGUGUCUUCAUCGUUAAUUAAAGAAAACUGUCUAAAUGAAUUCACGGAUGUGAAUGCUAGUGAUCCUUCAUGUUUUUGAU